CCGCGACGUGUCAUCAUCCCAGGUCCAGUUAGUUUGUCCUUUUUCUCAAUCCAUCCUUUUGCCAUCACCUCUCGCCUGCACCCUGCAUCCUUCCGCACCUCUCAUCUCUCUCUUCUAUCUCUCUCCCUCUUUCUAUCAACGCUUGCACGCGACCGUCUGCUUUUCCGGCCAAUAAUCCCUCUCCUCGAUCCUCGAUCAGCCUCAUCUCGCCCCAACCACGACCCACACCACCACCGCUUCUAUUUCGAGUGAUUGGUUUUCAUGAUGAGUUAUUCCAAGAGAGAUGAGGACUCUGGCAGGAUAGGCUACCACCACUACUUCGACAAGACCACCGUGCUGCAGGAGGCACGCGUCUUCAACGAGUCGCCUAUCAAUGCCCGCAAAUGCCGCGCCCUUCUGACAAAGAUCCUCUAUCUCAUCUCGUUGGGAGAGACCUUUGGCACCACGGAGGCGACCGAGCUGUUUUUCAGCGUCACAAAGCUGUUCCAGUCCAAAGACUCUGCCCUGCGUCAGAUGGUCUAUUUGGUGAUCAAGGAACUCUCGACGGUCGCUGAGGAUGUCAUCAUGGUCACCAGCAGUUUGAUGAAGGACAUGCAGCCCACAUCUGAGGUCAUGUAUCGCGCUAAUGCUAUCAGAGUCCUUCGCAAGAUUACGGACGCGUCAAUGUUGCAAGGAUUGGAGCGAUUCUUGAAGGCGGCUAUUGUGGACAAGAACGCGAAGGUUUCCUCGGCUGCGCUGGUCUCUUCCUACCACCUGUAUGCCAUCGCUCGUGAUGUUGUCAAGCGUUGGGCUAACGAAGCGCAGGAGGCCAUCAACGCCAAACCCCAGUCGGCUGUCUCGGCCGCUACCUCCUAUGUGACAUCCUUCGGCAAUGUCCCUCAGACCUACACAGCUGUUUCCAACUCCAACAUUGUGCAGUACCACGCCCUCGGUCUUCUUUACGCCAUUCGCCAGAAGGAUCGCAUGGCAGUGUCCAAGUUGGUUCAGAACUAUGCUGCCAAGAGCGGUUUAAGCGGCUCUGUUCUCCGUUCUCCAUUUGCUCAGUGUCUUUUGGUCCGCUAUGCGUGCAAAGUCAUGGAGGAGGAUCCAAGCUCCACCCGCGCUGUUUAUGAAUUGUUGGAGGGUUGGUUGCGUCACAAGAGCGAGAUGGUCAACCUAGAGGCAGCCAAGGCCAUUUGCGAGAUGAAGGAUGCCACCAUCAAGGAACUGUUCCCUGCUGUUACCACCCUUCAGAACUUCUUGUCCUCAGGCAAGCCCAGCAUUAAAUUCGCAGCCAUUCGUGCCCUGAACAAGCUGGCUAUGACCCAGCCUGCGGCCGUCGCACCCUGCAACAUCGACAUGGAAAACAUGAUCACGGACCAGAACAGGAGCAUCUCGACCUUUGCUAUCACCACUCUAUUGAAGACUGGAAACGAGGCUUCGGUGGAGCGCUUGAUGAAACAGAUCAGCGGAUUCAUGUCAGAAAUCACGGAUGAAUCCAAGGUGUUGGUUGUCGAGGCUGUCGGCUCGCUCUGCAUCAAGUUCCCUGCCAAGCACCAUGUUAUGCUGAGUUUCUUGAGCGGCGCUCUUCGCGACGAUGGCGGCUACGAUUUUAAGCGCGCUGUUGUGGAGGCCAUCUUCAACUUUGUCAAGUACAUUCCCGAGUCCAAGGAGGCAGCUCUGUCUCAUCUUUGCGAGAUUAUCGAGGAUUGCGAGUACUCUAAGUUGUCGGUCAAGAUUUUACACUUGCUCGGAGUCGAGGGACCCAAGUGCCCGCAGCCCACGAAAUAUAUCCGCUACAUCUACAACCGCGUCAUUCUCGAAAAUGCAGUUGUCCGUGGUGCUGCAGUGAGCGCCUUGGCCAAGUUUGGUGUCAACGUGGAGGACGAGGAGGUCAAGCAGAGCGUCAAGGUCCUGUUGAGCCGCUGCUUGGAUGAUGCAGAUGACGAGGUUCGCGAUAGAGCUACGAUGUACCUGAAGGUCAUCAAGACUGGUGACGAUCAAGGAUAUGUCAAGGAUGAUUCGACUUAUGCACUUGCGUACCUUGAACGUCAACUCCUCAACUACGUUUCAAACCCUGAACUGGCUGAUACACCCUUCGACCUUUCGGCGGUUCCCAAGAUCUCACGACAGGAGGAACAGGAAUCCAGAGGAAUGCAAGAGCAGGCAAGCGCCAUCCAGAGUCUUGGUGGAAAAAUCUCGCCGCCUCAUUCGGGCAGCGCUUCCAACGGGGCGGGAGCAAGACCAGCGAUUUCCACGGCCCCGUCUCUGGAUCAGCAAGCUAUCUAUUCCCAAAAGUUGGCAGAGAUUCCCGAAUUUGCUUCAUUUGGACCAUUGUUCAAGUCGACUGCUAAGCCUGUGGAGUUGACCGAAUCCGAGACAGAAUACGUUGUUACCUGCGUCAAGCAUGUCUUUGCGCACCACGUCGUCUUCCAGUUCAACAUCAGGAACACGUUGAACGAUAGUGUACUGGAGGAUGUGAACGUGCUGAUGACACCCGAUAACGAUGAGGUGUCGUUGCUUGAGAAGGUGCUGAUCCCUGCUCCUCAGUUGGUCUACGACGUUCCUGGCGUCGCAUACGUCGCGUUCGAGAGAACAUUAUUGGAGGAGUAUCCCGAAUGCACGUUCUCGAACGAGCUCAAGUUCAUUGUCAAGGACUGUGAUCCACAGACGGGCGAGCCAGACGAGGAAGGAUUCGAGGAUGACUACCAGGUUGAGGAGGUGUCGCUGGCGAUUGCCGACUUUGUGUUGCCCUCAUACAUCCCUAGCUUCAACAAGGCUUGGGAGGAGCUCGGCAUUGAUUAUGAGGUUGUCGAGACCUUGGCACUGACGACCUCACCAGGUCUCCAGGAGGCGUGCCGUGACUUGGUUGCACUUUUGGGCAUGCAGGCACUUGAGAAUACUGGAACUGUUCAGGGCUCGAACGUGCAUACGAUGAUUCUGUCUGGUAUCUUUAUUGGCGGCAUCCGUGUGUUGGCCCGCUGCCGCAUGACAUAUGACUCGGCAACGGGAGUGACCCUGCAGUUGGCGAUCCGCUCCGCCAACGGCGAUGUCAGCCAGAUCUUGAUUGGUGCCAUUGCCUAAGUGGAUGGAAGGGAGACAAGAGGGCAGGAACGAUACGUGGUUGAGUAUGUUUUUCUUUUUCGAUUUUAAAAACAACAUUAGGUCUUGAAGUAGCAGUGCUUUCAGGUCUCAUAAUUCACAGAGCAAAUAUAAAAACAAAAAAUAUCAUAGCCAAUGCAUGUGUGUGCAUCGACACGU